AUGGGUUUGAACAGCACUGCAAGUGGUAAGUUGCCACGAAAAGCAACCUGGCAACACAGGGCUGUUUACAACCAGAGUCAAAAGGACAUCCUUCAAAAAUGGUUUGAACAAAACCCUUACCCUGAUGUAGCUACUAGAAAACAGUUGGCCAAGGAAAUUGGCAUUCCAGUGCAUAGCAUUCAGUUUUGGUUUAAAAACUACAGAGCAAAACAGAAAAAAUAGGGGUCUGAAUGGUCCUUAAGAAAAGACCAAACCCAGGAACAGUGCCAGCAUCAGCCUCCCACUCAAGGCAAUAACCCACAGAUCCAAAUGCAUUUCUUCACUUACAUGUGGUUUCAGGACCAAAGAUGUCUAUACCCAGAGCACAGCAGAAGUAGUAAGCCUAUUCAGGUAGAUGGCCCAAAUGCAACACCAGAUGUGACAGUUCAGCAGCACCAAAUCAACCUGUCCACUCCCCCAGGCUGGUCUCAUCAUUUUCCUUCCUCCAAUUCUUUCAGCAAGAACCAAACAUCUCUACCUGCUCUAUUCCCAUCCUAUAUGUCCUUUGUCCCUUGUGUGAGACAAGGACCAAGUGUCAUGAUGGUAUAGCCCAUGCAGGCUGUGCAGGGAGGAGAGAACUCUCCCUCUACUCUGACACUUACAAACCACAUGCCAAUAUCGCUGUCUCCAGAUGGGGACCUCCCCAAUAUUCACACUACUUUCUGGCCCCAGAACAAAAACAAAUGCCAGAAUCUCAAAGAGCAGGCUGUUACAGAAGUACUACACUUGAAGGGCUAUUCUCAGCCUCAUCCUGAACACAAAAAACAUCAAUCACAGGAUCUGGAUCAGAUGGACGCACCUCACAUUAUGCAAUGGUGGGAUAGGUGCUGCCAGGCUCUGACUGCAGAAUGGGACCCUCAAGAAGAGACACGCUGA